UUCAAAACGAUGAUCAGUGAUACUCUUGAUCAGCUUCCGAACGGUGUAGAAUACGACACCGUAUACCCAGCUGGGGAUGAUCAAAACACCACAUUAGCGGUAAAGGAUAUGAUAAAGACGAUUGAUAGUGGUCUUGAGUCAUGUCCUGAUCAAGUUUACGCUCUACUUGGAUAUUCACAAGGUGCUACAGCUGUGCUCGACACACUUAAUAGCGACAAACUUUCAAAUGAAGCGAGAGGCGUAAUAGAUGCCGUCAUUUUGAUAGGUAAUCCGUACAGACUUCCAACUCAAGAAUCGAAUGUUGAGGGAAUGGGUGCUGAUGAUGCAGUCGGGGAAGCAAAUAUUCUCUCUCACAAACCGAUUCCAGAAGCAUUUGACAAGAGCGGAAAAGUGCUCGAUUUCUGCUAUACUGAUGACUGUGUUUGUAAGGAUGCAUGCACAGGUGACAAGGAAGGUCACUUGAGAUAUGGCUCAGACGAGACACUUCAAGAAAAAGCUGCAAAACAUCUUGUAAAGUAUUUAUCUUGA